AUGAGGCGUGCAAAAUUGCGACUUACCCUUGAGAUUCCAGAGCGAGAUCACGCUGCCGUCCGAGACGGCAAGCUCCGAGGUGCCGUGGUUGAACUGCAUCCGUUUCUUCUGGUAGAGGUCGAACACCGAUACGUGCGGGCCGUUGGCGGAAGCGAAGAGACGCCCGUUUUUGGCGAAUGCGAUUGUGUUGCCGUAGGCGUGGUUGUAAGUGAACCCGGAGGGGGCGGCCUCCAUGACCAUCUCGCAUCCCGACGAGCGCAGGUCCCAGAACCGGAUGUUGCCGUCGGAGCACGACGUGACCAGCACCGACGAGUUGGGGUGGAAUUUGAGACCCAGGCAGUCGGCCUGUGCAGUUCGCAGCAGCCGGAGCGGGAAGCUACGGUCGGUGGCCCACAGCCUGGCGGCACCAUCCGCCUCACACGACGCGAAGUAAUACCCGUAUGGAGCGUAGUCUAUCUCCAUGACAGGGGUAUCCCCACCGCGGUAAACGCACCGAGUAGAUCUGGAGCCCAGGACCCACAGUCGCAACUCACCAUCCACUCCGCCGGAAAGCAACACCUGGCCAGAUUCGCCAAACUUAAGGCUCUGCACCGAACCAUCAUGCCCGUACAAAAUGCCCUCGCCGGAACCGGCACCAUCCUUCUGCUGGGCGCCGUCGGCGGGCGCGCUCUUGCUGUGCAUCAUCCGGGCCACAAUGCUGUUGCCGGCGCACUUCGAAACGCAACGCGCGGCGAUGCUCUCGCCCAAAACUGGCGCCACGUCCUUUACGGCAUUAGAGCACUCCGAAGUAACCAGGUCCCACAGCAGUAUCCCGCCGUCAUCCAGACCCAGUGCGGCGAACCUGCCGUCGAAAGAGGAAAUGGUGCAGCUGGUGCUCCUGAGCACGUUCUGGAACGUGUAGCUGAGCAGCAUGGACCUUCCUUCGGGCACCCUGCACUCCCUCUGGCAGUGCAAGAGUCCCCGCAGCGACAGGUGGUAGUCGGUGCCCUGCUUGGGGAGCGGCACCAGCUUAUUGGGGUCCUCCAUGAUGGCGCGCUCACCAGUGAUGGUGUCCAUAAUCUUCCUGCCGUACUCCAACUGCACCUCCUCGGCGAGCAGCUCGCCGGGGAGCCCCAACGGCAGAUACGGGAGCUCAGGUUUGACCAGCAGCUCUGUGCUUUUGGACUGGUGCAACCUGAACUCGUUGUCGAGGUCCCUGAUGUACAGCCCGUGGAACGGUCGCUUGAACUUGUGCGCCGUGGUGGGAUCGAUCCCGUGUUUUGCGAUAAAGUGCCUCCUGAACAGGUGACCCUGGCUGUGGUUGAACGUCUCCCCGUCGAGGAACUCCACGCUCUCCUUGAUGACCUCGUCCAGGAGGGACCCCUCAUGGUUGUUCAACCAGCCGAUAAUGACUCUCCGGGCCCUUUUCGAGAGAAUCAAGUAGUGCUUCUUCUCCAGGAAGACGCGCUGCCGGACCAGCGGCGAGCUGGCCAGCUGGUCGGGGAACACGAAUUCCAGCAGCUGCUCGAUGAAGUGGCCGAACUUCGCCUCGAACACGAACGCGAACAUCUUGAGGAAGUUGCGACCUGGUUACGUGUUUCUCGCCUCAACCCAGCUUACCUCUUUCCGCCGACGUGCGGAAGAGCUUCACGUAUAUCUCGAGGUACGCCGCGAAGCACACAUCCAGCAGCUCAUCCCGCGAGCGGUUGA